AGCCGCUGACAAGCUUGUUGAUUCGACGGCAUGACGUGUCCAUCGCAUGUUCUCGUCGGUUCCCCUCCUCCCCUCCGUCGGACUCCAAUCUUCAACCCCCUUCCUUCUCCCAAUUAUUUUUGUCCGAAGCUCUCGAUUCCUACAGAGUCCCUUCCCUCGAAUAAAUCGCCAACCACCGCGGCACUCCUGAAUCUUCGCCGCUGCGGAUCCCUCUUUCCUAUUUGCUAGCUUGAGAAGCAGCAGCUUGAGGCUUGAGCUCUCCUCCAGUCACCGCCUGCACCAUCGAAGAAGGAGGCAUGGCGCGGUUUUCCCUGGGGCGGCUGGUGGUGGUGGUGGUGGUUGUGGUCGCGGCGGUGGCGGGUGCGGAGCGCGUGAACAGGUCGGCCUCCACGGGGCUGUUCUGGUCCACCGCGAAGGAGGAGGCCGAUCUGGUCAGGAUGUCCGAUCCUCAGGAGGAUCCGACGGCUCAGGCUGUUAAUGAGCAGGACGGUCUCGACGGAGGGUUUUCUUCCCUCGAUGGAAUGUUACAGUGGGCGAUAGGUCACUCCGAUCCUGAAAAAUUGAAGGAAACCACGCAAGACGUGCAGCGAAUGUCCGCCAGCGACCUCAAGAGGCGUCAGAUGGAACUGAAGGAACUCAUGGAGAAACUAAAAAUGCCAUCAGACACUCAAUUGAUGCAAAUUGCUAUAGAUGAUUUGAAGAAUUCCUCCCUACCUUUGGAAGAUCGCCAUCGUGCUUUGCAUGAGCUCUUGAUACUUGUUGAGCCAAUUGAUAAUGCAAAUGAUUUGCCUAAAAUUGGGGGGCUUGCUGUGGUUAUAAGAGAGCUUGACCAUCCUGAUCCAGACGUAAGGAAACUUUCUGCAUGGGUUCUGGGGAAAGCCAGUCAGAAUAAUCCUCUCAUCCAAAGGCAGGUCUUGGAAUUGGGGGCGCUAGCGAAGCUGAUGAUGAUGGUAAAAUCUGAGUUUGUGGAAGAAGCCACUAAAGCAUUGUAUGCUGUUUCUGCUUUAAUUCGAAAUAAUGUAGCUGGUCAGCAGUUAUUUUAUGCACAAGCAGGCGAUUUAAUGCUUCAGGACAUUUUGACCGACUCAAGCAUUGAUAUUAGACUGCGGAGAAAGGCUGUGUUUCUUGUCGGUGACCUGGCAGAGCGCCAAUUAGAAGCUUCAAAUGAAGAUGAGCUACCUUUCUUCAGCAACAAAUUAUUCUUGAAGGCCGUGGUUGAUCUGAUGGCAUCGUCUGACCUUGAUCUCCAGGAAAAGGCACUUACUGCAGUCAAGAAUCUUCUGCAUCUAAGAUCUACCCAAGCUCUAAUUUUCAAGGAGUUCUGUGGUCUGGACGCAGCAUUGGAGCGUAUGCAGCAGCAACUAGAGGAUUUGAUGGCUGAAGAAUUUCGGAGAGAUUAUGCGGCGGAUGUAGAAAGUCUUCGCAGAGAAGUGGAGUUAAUUUAUCAGCGGAAGCUGGGAAAGGGGAUGCAGGUUCCGACUUGAUGCCAGAGGGAAGCACAAACCUUGAUGGGCAUGCUCAGUCGCCAGCAUGCAAUGCUUAAGCUGUCGAGAUGUUUCACAAGUCAUUGUCGACCAAGAGGAGGAAGUCUGUGGAUCAACUGAUAUCGAGAGAAAGGGUCCCUUUCUCUUUGGAAAAGUUCUUUUAAAGAAUUUAUCUAUCCGAUUGAUGAUUCACAUUGAUGAUGCAUAGGUGGUAAUUAGGACCCCGGUUUGAUGUCCUCGGUACAGAUAGCUGCUUCUGCCUGCAUUACUAUGGGCUUAAAUUUAUACUUGUUAACAGUUAGCGUGAUGUACAAUGACCUCGUGAUUGGCGAGUCAUUGUUUCUGCUCUUCAUCACGGAGGUAGUAAGGAAAUGUGGAAAUGCGAGCUAAGCCACGGCGUGCUGCGGAAUCUUUUCGUGGAUUUUAAGUGCAAACCUGGGAGGAUUGUCCUCGUAUAAAAUCUCGUUUUCACUCUCUUCGUGUAUCGAUACACUAAUACUAAAUCUCCAAAUAUCAUACCAA